AUGGGUCUCUGCGCAUCUUCAGAAAAGAACGGCAGCACUCCUGACACACAGACCGCCAGUGCUGGUAGUGACAACGCUGGCAGGGCAAAGGUUUCAGCCCAACAGCAGCCGCAAAGGCAGCCGCAGAAGACUGUAAGGACAGUCAACACGGCAAGUCAACAAGAGAAGCAGCAACAGCAACAGCAGCAGCAACCGUUCGCGCGUAAUGUUAAGGACAACAACACGAGCAUCAACAACGCGAUAUCUCCCACGGCUACAGCAAACACCAGCGGAUCACAGCAGAUCAAUAUCGACUCUGCCCUGAGAGACAGGUCGACUAAUGGUCCAGCACAGCCAUCGUUGUCAGACGCAUCAAGUGGCAGCAACGGUAAAGAACUCAAAGUACUGUUGUUGGGUGCCGGUGAAAGUGGUAAGUCCACGGUAUUACAACAGUUGAAGAUUUUGCACCAGAAUGGGUUUAGCGAGCAGGAAAUCAAAGAGUACAUCCCGUUGAUCUAUCAGAAUCUAUUGGAAAUUGGCAGAAACAUCAUCCAGGCAAGAACAAGGUUCAACGUUAACUUGGAAGCGAAGUGUGAACUGACGCAACAAGACCUGUCGAAAGCCAUGUCCUAUGAAAUGCCAAAUAACUACACGGGCCAGUUUCCGGAAAAUAUCGCGGGCAUAAUAUCUACAUUAUGGGCCUUGCCCUCCACACAGGACCUAGUCAAUGGCCCCAAUGCAUCGAAGUUCUACCUGAUGGAUUCGACCCCAUACUUUAUGGAGAAUUUCACCAGGAUCACUUCGCCCAAUUACAGACCCACCCAGCAGGACAUACUGAGAUCAAGACAGAUGACGUCAGGGAUCUUUGAUACCGUCAUUGACAUGGGCUCGGACAUUAAGAUGCAUAUCUACGAUGUCGGUGGCCAGCGUUCGGAAAGAAAAAAAUGGAUCCACUGCUUCGACAAUGUCACUUUGGUCAUAUUUUGCGUUUCUUUAUCGGAAUACGACCAAGCGCUGAUGGAGGACAAGAACCAGAACAGGUUUCAAGAAUCGCUGGUGCUUUUCGAUAAUAUUGUCAACAGUAGAUGGUUCGCCCGCACAUCUGUAGUGCUCUUUCUGAAUAAAAUCGACCUUUUUGCAGAAAAACUAAGCAAAGUCCCUAUGGAAAAUUACUUCCCAGACUACACCGGCGGGUCGGACAUCAAUAAGGCCGCCAAGUACAUACUUUGGAGGUUUGUUCAGUUAAACAGAGCAAAUCUAAGCAUAUAUCCUCACGUGACCCAAGCCACAGAUACGUCGAACAUUAGAUUAGUAUUUGCCGCGAUUAAAGAAACCAUUUUGGAAAACACGUUGAAAGACUCUGGAGUGCUGCAAUGA